AAGAAUUCAUUUAACACGUCUUUUUGUAUUGUUCCCUUUUGUAGUUUCUAAGUAAAAGUUGUUGCUACGUAGUAAGGGCCUAAAGAGUCGGGUGACAGGUGUGAAAGCUUACGUUGUCCCUGACUUAAUUUACAUCGGAGAAUAAAAGUUUGUAGGUUAUGUUACAAAAAAAAAAAUUCAAAAAAAGAAUACAGUAAAUUAAUGUUUUCCAAAUGACUAAUUUGCAGUUUACCCUGGCCAUAAUAAAACCUCACAUAGUAAAAAAUCCGGUUUCUCUGGACGGCAUACGUAAUUUAAUAUUCGGCGCGAAUUUUAAAAUAGUUAAAUCCCAAAGAACAUGGAUUUCAUCUAAACAAGCCGAAUACUUUUAUGAAGAGCAUAAGGGAAAGUUUUUCUAUAAUAGAUUGGUAACGUUUAUGACAAGUGGGGAAUCAGACUUAUAUGUCCUAGCCAAAGAAAAUGCAAUCAGAGACUGGAGACUCCUGAUGGGCCCAACAAAAGUAUUUAAGGCCCAAUUUGAGGCACCGGAGACCAUCAGGGGCAGAUUUGGCCUAUCUGACACAAGAAAUGCCACACAUGGCUCUGAUUCACCAGAGUCUGCUCUGAGGGAAAUAGGAAUAUUUUUUAAGGAUUUAGAUACUGUCAGGAGCCUUCUAUGAUGUAGGAAUAUUCAGAUAGAUGUAGAGUUAAACUUAGGGCUUCUGAAUUAAUUUGAAGAGCAGCCUUUAAAAAAGGUAUGACAAAAUUGUUUUUGACUAUUAUAAGUAAAAACACUGGUUAACUAAUGCAGAAAAAAAUUAUAAAACCAGUCAGAGCAGAAUUAUUUGGUUUAUUUAUAUAUUCCAUUUAAUUUGUCAAUGGUAAACCAUCUUACCAAAGAUAAUCAAAUAAAGUACAAAAAUUUAUUAAC